AUGGCGGAGCGUAACGAGAACCUCGACCAGGCUCAGACUCGUGUCAGACACGACACGAGUCUCUACAACGCAGCCGCGCUGAAGGACGAGGUCGUCCUUCAGGACGCGAUUCGCGACCUCGAGCACGAUCUCGAGUAUUCAGCCGUUAGCGUUGAGGAUGUUGUCAAGGGGCUGUCUCAGUAUCAACAUCUCUUGGAGUUCGUUCUUUCCGCUGUGAACGAGGCGGCCGCGAAGAGAAUAGGCGACUGGAUUGUGUCAAGCGUACCUGACAAUGCCCUCGCCUACGUCUCAUCAACUGCUCGACAACUUUUGGGAUGCUUCUCGCUCAGUCUUCACUUUCUGAUACUGCCUACGUCUUCACCGAUCGACAAGGCCGUCUUACGAGACAAUCAUCAGGACAUCCAACGUGUCACCGCGGCACUAGAAUCUCUCGCUCUCCAUUCGUUUGACCGUAACGAAACGACUGAGGACACAUUGGACCUCGAUGAGGAGGUAGUCAUCAAGAUCGUGAGCUCAAAGCAGAAGAAGAAGAGACGAUCUAGACAACCGCAACUCAAGACAGUCACAGACACCAAGCCAUUCGAUGAGUUGGGGAUUGAAACCCCCGAAAGUCAAGAUGAAGCCGCAGUUUACUACCUCGGGGUAUUCAGACUCCCCGGUCUUCAAGAAACCUUCAAGCGAGCGUACAUACCUCUCGAGGAAACCGAGCAGGGCGGCCCGGAGUCGCUGGAAGUUUCAGUGGAAGCUUCCGUACCAGACAUCCCUGCUACCGAUGAAAUCCCCGUCGCAUACCCCAUGGUUCAGCCGAUGAAGGCGGCCCUCUAUUUUGACAACGCCGACGGCUUCGGAGAAUGGCGCAUCCUCAUUUCGACUCGCGCCGACACGGACCUACGAUAUAUGCGCAAGAAGAACACCGCGCUUUUCGACAUCACUCUGAACAAGAUCAAGGCACUCUCGAAUGGACACUUCUCGCAGGACAAUCAGAAACAGCUGACGGACGCGGCGCAGGUUCCUAUCUACGAGGCGAAGAUGACUGGGGACUCUCGUCUAGUUUACCAAGUCGAUUGCGUGUCCGAGUACGAGAGCGAUGUAAGUGCUUUGUCAUCAGUGAUCAAGGUCUUCGGUAUAUAUACGCACGCGCAGAUCAACCGCCGGUUUUGGGAUGGCGUCGGUCACCAGCUAUCUCGCAAAGGCAAGCAGUACAGGGACAGAUGCAAAUACCGCAACCGACCGACCAAAGUGGGCGAGCACGCGCACGUCAUUCUUCCCGCGACGUUUCCAGCACCUCUCGAAGCUCCGACGCUGUCGCCUUCAUCUGGGCUUCCUGAUUUGCAUAAGGACGACCUGCAGAAGGUAUUAUGUCACCGUGUCCUUGAUCCUGCGGAUUGCUUUUGCUUAUCAGUCACGACAGGCAUCUUAGCUGACCAAGACGUGGUGCACGUCUUUGAUGUUUCACCGCAAGAGAAGCAGAUCAUAGAACAUCCCGGCUCCUGCUACGUUUUAGGGAGAAGUGGGACUGGGAAGACGACGACGAUGCUAUUCAAAAUCCUUGGAAUAGAGCGUUCUUGGAAUGCACAGAAGGACACGUCUGCCAAGCCUCGUCAAAUGUUCGUGACGCAGUCACGAGUCCUCGCAGACAAAGUCCAGGAUUACUACAGCAAGCUGCACGACUCCCUGUCCUCUGCAGACAAGCAACCCGAAGAGCUCAGGGAACUAGCUCUUACCAGAGCAGCACGACAAGAUCAAGGACUGGUCGACCGCGAUGAGGAGAUCGAGCGGCGUGCAGAUCUUCCGAAGCGCUAUAGCGAGCUUGGGGACGAGCACUUCCCCAUGUUCAUCACGUUCGACCAGUUAUGCCGCCUGCUCGAAACUGAGUACGCGGACUUCAUGAAGGACUCGCAACAGCCACUACUGCAAACCAUUGCGAGCAUGUCUGGGGCUGCCGAUGGGGAGAGUUCGUCGAACGAACCUGUGCGGCAGCAUCGCGCGGCCUUCGUAUCGUAUAAGGUUUUCAUGAAUUCUUACUGGCGUCACUUCCCGCAGCCACUGACCAAAGGACUGGACCCUGCACUUGUAUUUGGAGAGAUCAUAGGUAUCAUCAAGGGCUCCGAGCAAGCUCUGAGCAGCACAAAGGGUUUCCUGAUGAAAGACGCGUACUUCAAUCUGAGUCAUCGCACACAAGGAACAUUCGCUAAUCAUCGAGAGACCAUAUAUAAGCUAUUCGCUGCAUACAUGAAGCGCAAGCGAGAGCGUCGAGAAUACGAUGCUGCGGACCGGACACACGUCAUACUCAACGCCUUACGGGAGUAUGGCCUACCCGGCAAGCAGAUGGACUUUCUCUAUAUCGACGAAGCACAAGACAAUCUUCUCAUCGAUGCUUUGGUCAUUCGCUCACUGUGCAGCAACCCCGAUUCUGGUCUUUUUUGGGCUGGCGAUACAGCGCAGACAAUUGCGGUUGGUAGCGCGUUCCGGUUCGACGACCUCAAGUCUUUCCUCUACCGCAUAGAGGUAUUAGACCAAAUGAAUUCUCCAGGUCCACGUCCGCAGCCUCAGGCAUUCCAGCUCGCUUUCAACUACCGGUCCCAUGCAGGCAUCGUCAACUGCGCCCGCUCGGUGGUGGAGCUGCUUACUAAGUUUUGGCCCCACGCCAUUGAUAAUCUUGGAGAAGAGCGCGGUAUCAUCGAUGGCCUAAAGCCCGUGUUCUUCACCGGCUGGGAUGACGACAAUGUUCGCUACGAGCAAUUCUUGUUCGGAGACUCUGGUUCACAGAUAGAAUUCGGUGCUCAGCAAUGUAUCAUGGUUCGUGAUGAUGCUGCCAAGGAGAAACUUCAGGCGCAGAUAGGCAACAUCGGACUUAUCAUGACACCGUAUGAGAGCAAAGGCUUGGAGUUCAACGACGUACUCUUGUACAAUUUCUUUGCUGACUCCACAGUCGACUUGUCGCAAUGGCGUGUUGUUCUGAAUGCCUUGCCUCAAGGAUCCGGGGAAGCUUUGAGGGCCCCACGGUUUGACGACAGUCGUCACAAUGGGGUCUGCCGUGAGCUCAAAAUCUUGUACGUCGCUAUCACACGCGCUCGCCAAAAUCUCUGGAUAGCGGAUAAUUCAGACAAGAGCGAACCUAUGAGAAUUUUGUGGGGCGCAAAAGGUCAGAUUCAGAACUGUACGCCAGGCUCCGACGUGCCACGGCUGGCCAUGUCUUCGACCCCAGAGGAAUGGGCUCGGACAGCUCGGACGUUGUUCGACAACAGACGCUAUACGCAGGCGAUGCAUUGCUACGAGCGUGCCCUGCUUCCAAGAGAGCGAGCGGUGGCCGAAGCGUACUACCUGAGAGAGAAAGCCCGUGGUACUCCCGUGGACGCACGCGGCGAUGACUUCGAUCGCAUCCUUGCCUUCAGGAAAGCAGCGGAGGCAUUCUGGAGAUCAGCGGACGCUGCAGCCAAGGAGAAGACUACUUAUUUCCGCAUAUCCGCGGAAUGCUAUCUGGAGAGCCGUGAUGAAGUCAACGCUGCCCAUGGGUACCGUCAUGCCGCUGAAUACACUUUAUCCGCGCAGUGUUAUCGCCGAGCCGGCAUGUUCGACGACGCAGUCGCCAUCGUCAAAGGUCAUAACGUGGUUGCGGGCGUUGCAGAAAGCAUUAUCAACGUCUCGCGUCUCGAGUAUGCAAGAGGGGGGAAACUGAAACAGGCGAGGGAACUCUUCGAGUCUGAUGAAGAAAUACUGGAGUUCCUCGACGACCGUGGUCUGUACGUUUCCCAGGUGGAUCUCCUCGAUGAGCUUGGUCAGUUCGGACAGGUAGCAGAGUUACAUCUUACGCAGGGCCACGUGCUGGAGGCAAUUGCCGCGUUUCUCAAGGACCACAGCAAUCCCGACUCUGCGAAGCGUGCAUCUCAGUGUGUGCUUGACGGAAUUUGGCAAGGACUAUCCCUAGGCGUGGAUACAAGCUCAGAGCUGGUCAAAGCAAAUGUCACUCUGCAAGAACUGCUCCAAAGACUUCAGCAUCUCGAUAUUAGCCACCUUGAGGAUGGCACGCGAGACGAGGUUCUGAUGUUUCGGGCUAUCGCCACCAACAAUCGGCAACAACUCCUUAUCCUUGGCGAACGCUUUCAUCGAUGGCAUCGAAACGACGCUGCAGCAAUUCUCUGUCUCGAUCAUGCAUUUUUCGGCUCAUUGAACUUUGCGCAUGCUACACUACCUGCAAUGGCAACAGUCCUCAAAUACUUCCAACUGUACGCUCAAAUCUUGUGGGGCCUUGCAUCCCGGGAGAAACCUUCCGACACGCCGGAAAUUCGUCGUAUCUUCGGAUUUGCGCCUGAAACGGACUCUGAAGAUUUCUUUGUCGUGCAGAAGGACACCGUCCUAUACACUUUCUGCAGCGAGCGCAUAGCUCCUUCCGUUCGACCUCAUGAACAAGGCAUCGCAAUACUUCGCUCAGAGCUGGACCGCGUGCUGCGUAGAGCACUGCAAGAACGUCUGCGCAAGAACGUCGUGGAGGAGAACGAGUCGUGCCGCAAUGCACGGGUCUUCCGUGUAUGCCUCCCGCACGCCGCAUUUGGUCACUGCCCUCGGUCGGAUCAUUGUCCUCAAAUACACAUCGCUGCGGAGAGGUUUGACACUGACCUGUACAACUUGCGAGUCAGGAUCUGUCUUCAACAGAUCCUUAUUUACAACACUGUAUAUGGCGUGGAACCAUUCUACGAGCAGGCACGCCACAGGCGAUUUUGGCUGCGCCUGCUGCAUGAGGCAUUGGAGCCGUCGUUCUACAAGAUGGGGUCAUUGCCGAACCUUCAGGUAGCCUCCAUACCAGAGUUUGAAGCCGCCAUACAGGUCGUCCGAAACUGGACGAUCGAUUGGCUCUACACAGCUCAUCCGCGCGCAGGGGAGUUCACGCCCACGUUCCUAACUUCCCUGCUUCGCAUCGUCUCCUUGGGUGUAGCAUUCGAUCGAGGUGUUUUAGGCGGACAUCUUCCGCGUGCUAUUGCAGUUAGAGCGUACCGGCCAAUCCCGCUCCUACGAGGAAGAGGGGAGCAUGCCUCGUAUGUAGUCCACGACAUGUGUAGGUUGAUGAUGAACAACCAUCGGGCAUCGUUGCCUAGUGGUGUUCUGUUUCUGAACCAUAUCUUGGACAAACGCUUGGCAAUUGACAUCGGAGUCCUCUGCAACUUUAUGGACCAUCUCUGCACGUUGCUCACUCUAGCCACCGCCCUCAAUAAGCUCGGUACCCUUCAUGAGAUCACCCUACCGCGUACUUGGCUCCAGCGGGUGGCUGAUGAUUUACCGGUUUUGUAUGAGAGGAAAAUCAUGGCGUUCUACCUGUACACAGGUCCGAUGACCUCUCUACUGAAGCAGCUGUACACGGGCCUUGAUGCAGAUCACCUCCUGUAUGAGAACCGCAACAUGUCAAUGAUCGGAUGGCAGAUCAAGAGUAUCUUCAUAACGCGAGUGUAUGUUCUAAUUUUUACACCAGUGGCGUAUAAUUCACCUCAUAUGUCGGUCAAGUUAGACGUACACAAGAUAGUCACGUCGUUGCAGAGGUACGACGGCAGAUUCGAUAUACUGCUUGGUAGCUAUGUGACCGCUCCUUGUUGGGAUAACCUGGCAUGGGAGGUCCGCCAGUGCCUAGCGGGCUCCUCGAUGGACGAGAUGAUUCAAAUACAUGAAGCCGGCAAGUCGACGCAUCACUCUCAGCUGCUCCCCGGUGUGCGACGGAUCGUGUACAACAAGCUCGACGAAAUCCCUAUACUGCUAGCUUCGGGUGCAACCUCUCUGCCUAAAUCAACCCUGCGAGUUGACGCCGCACCGUUCGUUCCUUCACAAAUGCAGAAGCCACAGCCGGCUUCUGCUUUUGAUGACGCGGAUGCUCCUGAAGAAGUCAACGAAGAAGAUGUCGCUUUCGAAAUCCGUGAUGACCAUGUAGCAUCGAGCCAGCCGAGCGAGGACGAGAUCAAGGCAGCAGAUGUUAUCCGAAAGUCGUUCCUGCACCACCGCUCUCGCGUCCAGCAACGCACAACGACGAAGCCUCUAGACGCUAUCCGGGAGCGGAUCAUGAACUCAUACCGCACCGCCGCCAUGAACAUGGAAUGGCCUCAUAGGUACUACCGAAUGCUGUUUUUGGGACCCAUACCCCACGCAUUCUUCUGCCUAGAACGCGUGCGGCAUCAUAUGCACGAAACCAAGCGUCAGGCCAAGAGACGUCUGGUGGAUGCCAUUCAUCAAGAGUUGGAAGAGGUUGAUGGAAGGCUGACGAAAUGCUCGCAACAGAUCAAGGAAGUCACCCGACUGAUCAAUGCGCUUAAGCCAGAUGCUGAGCUGCACAAGAAACGUGACCUAGACGGGCUGAGAGCACGCAUUGGCGAAGUGCAAAUCUUGGCAGAGAGCUUGCCUAAAGGCGCCGCACUCGAAUGGGAAGAGGAUCUGGAGUUGGCGGUGAAGGGAAUCGUCAAACCGCAUCCACCCCCUGCACCUCCUGCGAAGAAGCCCAAGCCCACCUUGAAUCUCGACGACGAUAUGGUGUGCUAUGAAGAUAUCGUGUAUUCCGGAGGCGACUUUGCAUAG